AUGUGCGAGGUGAAUGAAUUUGCUACAUCUUUAGUUGGUUCCCCUCUAACCGAAGUUGUUGAAGGAGCUACCAAUCUUCAUGUAGACCAUGGAGUUGGUGACCAAUUCCUUUCAAUGGCCAUGAAUGAAACGUCAGGGUCAGGAGCUGUGAUAUUGUUGCCUUCAACAAGAUCUAGUUCGAUAAUGCUGCUGUUGCAGUUUUGUUGUUUCGCUAUUGAUGUUUUCCGGGGAGUUCCGGAGCAGCAGUCAGCCAGUUUCAGAUUUAGCAUCUCAGUAGCCAGCGUUACGAGGUACUUCCGCUAG